CUGACAGAGCGGCAGACUUGAGAGUUGCAACUAGUUGAAGCAGGAUGGUGUGAACUUCACUGAAGACCCUGAACAAAACAGUUCUCUGGCUUUUAAAUUGACAAACCCCUGUCUUAGUACUGGAAGCGGGUUUUUGAACGCAACGUUUUUCUUUUUACCUGCUUUUUUUCAUUACUUCAUAUUUGUUUUGUAUGUGAGCGUCAGUGUGACAAUAAGAGCGGCUUUGACCCUGACAUGGCUGAAGUACCGGCACCACAGGUCGAAAUAGACCCGGAAUUUGAGCCUCUCUCCCGCCCGCGGUCCUGCACCUGGCCGCUGCCCAGACCGGAGCUCAACGACCCGGCCAGCUCCAACACAUCCUCUCCGGCACCGUCGGUGCAGCAGGAGCCGGGAGGAAACGCCGAGUUCAUCAGUAACCUCGGCUUGUUGGAGGAGGACUACGAAGAGUAUGCAGAGCAGAAACCGCCGGUGCCCUGCAAUGAUUUUCAGUGUCGGGAGGGAAACUGUGUACAUCUACACCACCGCCGCCACCACCAUCAUCUUCAGCAGCAGCAGCAGCAGCAGCUCCCGGGGCCGCAGCUGCCGCCUCAGCAACAGGUGCCCCCUCCUGGGGUCGCACCCUUGAGCAGCUCCGGCCAGAGGAAGAGCAGCUCGUCCCGUCGUAACGCCUGGGGCAACAUGUCGUACGCUGACCUCAUCACCAAGGCGAUAGACAGCUCACCUGAGAAGAGGCUGACGCUGUCUCAGAUCUACGACUGGAUGGUCAAGAGUGUGCCUUACUUCAACGAUAAAGGAGACAGUAAUAGCUCCGCGGGCUGGAAGAACUCCAUCAGACACAACCUGUCCCUGCACAGCCGCUUUGUGCGCAUACAGAAUGAGGGAACAGGAAAAAGCUCCUGGUGGAUGCUGAACCCAGAGGGGGGAAAGAACGGAAAGUCACCUCGACGCAGAGCUGCCUCCAUGGACAACAACAGUAAGCUGGCCAAGAGCAGAGGAAGGGCCACAAAGAAAAAGAUGGCUCUACAGGAAGGAGUCGAGGGAGGAGAGGGCAGCCCUGGUUCCCAGUACUCAAACUGGCUGGGAAGCCCAAACUCCCACAGCAACGAAGACUUUGAAGCCUGGAGUUCCUUCAGGACACGGGCCAGCUCAGACGCCAGCACCCUGAGCGGUCGCCAUUCCCCUUUCCCUUCUGAACAGGAUGACCUGGGGGACUCUGAUAGCCAUAUGAUGUAUCCCGGAGCGGCGGGGACCAAGAUAACCUCCACCCUGCCCAGCCUGUCCGAAGUGGCUGGAUCCAUGGGCCAGCAUGGCUCAGAGAACGUCAUGGAGAGUCUGCUGGAUAACCUGAACCUGCUGUCUCCCAAACCCCCCCAGCUGGGGUCUGACUCCUCACAUUCUCCAAAUGCUGCCAUGCUUCAGAGUGGCCCCUACAGCUCCACAGGCUUGACCCCGCACCCGCAGCAGGACUACCGUAAGUGCAUGUACAGCCAGGUGAGGAUGAACUCCCUGUCCCCUGCUCCCAUGCAGACGCUCCCAGAGACCAAGCCGGGGUUUGGGCCUUAUGAAAACCAGUAUAUCUGCCCCGCUGGCCUCCUCAAAGAGCUGCUGACCUCAGAUGCACAUGCCAGUAGGGACAUGAGGCCCUCUAGGGAUACACAGGUGUCUCAGGUUGGGAGGGGAGGUUGCCUAAUGCCCACUUACAGCAGCCAGAGCCACAUGGGGGGUCAUAAUGAAGUAAAAAUGAUGAAUCCUCACCCAGUUCCUCAUGUAAAUCCACAUGUUAUACAUAGACAGGGUCCUUCAACCUCACGAGACUUGAAUAGCUGUAACAUGAUACCCCUGACUAGUCUGACUAGUCUUUCAGGGGCCCCUCCUCGAAUGACCAGCCUGAGGACAUGCAUGCAGCUGCCUCAUGGACACCCAGCACACACUAAUGAUGGUUCAGCAAGCUACGGCAGCAACGGCUACAGGGAACUUAACUUGGCUCAUCCACACAGUCAUCAUCAGGAGCGGCUGCCCAGUGACCUGGACAACAUGUCCAUUGAGAGGUUUGAAUGUGACAUGGAGACCGUCCUCCAUGACACACUCAUGGAUGGCGGGGCGCUGGACUUUAACUUUGACCCCGCAGCUACGUCUCAUGGAUUUCCCCAGAGGGUGAAGACCACCACACAUAGCUGGGUGUCAGGCUAGGAUGCAGGGUGGAUAACAGACAGGUUUUUCUCAGCAUCACCUUCAUUCAGAGACUGGAGAGUGUAAAUCCAAAGAGGCCAGCACCAUCACUCUCUACAGAGCAUCUGACACACGGUCAUUUUCAAAAAUUGUUGCAGCUCCAUGUGUAACAGUGCAUGUUAUUACUUGACAUUUAAGAGAGUAAACAGAAGAAGUUUAUCAUUAACAUGCCGAGACUGAAAUAAGACACGAGAGCCAUAACUGUUGUCAUUCAUAUCACCACUGAACACGCUUAAAAAGCAUUUUAAGGUAGCUCUGCAGAGAGAAAAUGAAUGAGAAACAAGCCUGCUUAACAAUCUUUGUUUACAAUACCCUGUCAAAAACUGGAAAUAUGUAUAUAUUUGUUUAUUUUUUCUGAUUCAUGGCAUAUAAAAAUAUACAGUAAACUACAUAAGAACACAGUAUUAGAGUGCCUGGCCGAUUUCUCUAAAUGCAUGAUUUGUGGCCAGUCUGCUACAUUGGGCCAACACUCCUCAAUCACCGCUUGUUUUAAGACUGAACUGUGCAGCAGUUGAUAGGCCCAGCUGAGAAUACCUGUGGGACUAAUUCUAACUCUGUUACACACAUGCCCUGUAGACGAAGAAGUUUUAAAAUCAGUCCAGAGAGAGGAGCCAGAUUGAAGUACUUUGGGUCCAACACAGCAGCAGCAAUACUUCCACCGUGUAGUGGUGUUUGGACCAGUGCUUAAAAUGACGUAUAUGAUUUGAAAAUGGCACCUAAACCUUUAAAAGAAGACUUGAUAUUACAUUCUCGUGGACCUAAAACCUGCUGAAUCUGACAUUCUAUGUGGUAUGAUCAGUGACAAGAACAAGCCAGUUUUUUAUGGUUAAAUUUGAGAAGAUCUUGUAGCAUCCAGCCCUUAAAGGCAAAUGAUUACAAGUGUUAAUCUGGUGAGAUAAUUAGGCUAAAUGUGUGUGUGUCGCUAUGCAGAUGAUACAGCGGUUUAUCUAGCAGAACCUGCUGAUUCACCUGCAUUGUGGCACAUAUCCUGCAAAUAUUCUGAUUCGACACGGCUUAAAUGUUUAUAGGCAGAUGUGGUGGUACACUGAUUUCAAGUUUAGCACUCGAGCCAAAUCAUCAGCCUUAUCUGUUCACCAUUAGUUGUCAUUAGAGACUGUGAGACAAGCUGCAUCUCUGACUGGCAUGAUUUCAUCAUUUAUUUACAGUGUGAAGGUAUUUAUUUAUGUUUUUAUUUUAAUCUUAACUGUCGGAUUUUUGCGUUGUAUGCUUGUAAAAAAUAUGUGUGCCCAUGCUGUGCGUAUAUAGGCCCUUACUAUGUUUAAGUUGAAUAUUAUUUAGCUGUAUUAUAAUUAAUUAAUUAAACUAAUAUCAAAUAAGGAAAUUACACAUACAUUUGAGAUGUUGCCCUGUGAAAACAUUUCACUGAAAAAGCUAAUUCAAAACAGCAUAUGUUUGAUCAACUGAAGAAAACAUGGUCAUCAAGUUGAAAUCAAAGCUGCUUUUAUCAUUUUCUGAUAAAGGGACAUUUUGGAGAAUUUGGAGACUGUCACCUGACUUCAGCUGCGUGAUACAGAGGCUGAUGCUGGAAUCCUAAACUGAAAAGGGUGAUGGUCUUCAAAAUUUAAUGGGCACAGCACAGGAUUUGCUUGCUUUUUACUGUUAUUCCCCAGCAGCUACAGCUUUUAUGCACCAAAGAGUUGUCUCAUUGUCUCCUCUACCAGACACAUUUCACUGUGCCUACAUGGUCUCACGGACUUAAAAUGUUGUACAUAUGCUUUUCUUUAGUAGAGCAUUUUUGUAUAUGAAGGGUUUACAUGACUAGUAUUAUACAGUAUGUAUGAUUGUGUUAGAAAUGGUUGUUUACAUAUCACAGUGCAAACUAUAUCAAAAAAUAUAUAACAACUCAUACCUCAAAAUAUUUUACCUCUGAAGUCUUGAAGCGAUUUUUCCUGCCAUUGUCCUCAGUGAGCAAUGUAUUGAAUUUGUCUUUCUUUUUUGACAUAGUUUUGUACAUAUGUUUUGUAUUUGAUCGAUGCUUUUCGGACCUGUUCAGAGUGAUCUAUUGUCUGCCUUUGUGUCUCUGUUUUCUUGUGGUUGAGGACUAUAGCCAUUAGUUUCUAGUAAAUAUUUUGUGACAGCACAGUAAAUAAUUUGAACCAUGAAUUCAUGUGAAAUUAUACAUUUUGAAAGACUGUUUUCAUCUGUUCAGACAGAACUCAAGGAAAGGAAUUCAGUAAAAAGAAUGUAUUUAUGUAUGUUAUGUAAUUAGAGUUCUACUUCUGUAAUUAUAGUAACCUACUAAAAAAUAAAUGUGUAAUGGGAGCAUUUUAUAACGGGUCAAAUAGCUACCUGACACACAUUUUGUUAUCCGUAAGAAAGAGCUUGAGCCUGUAAUAUAUCAGUAGAAGAAAAGAGAAUAUAAUGCAUUUUUAUAUGUAAUCUUUGACAUUACAGAAACGAUGUACACACACAUUUUCAGGAAAACGGCAUCAGUCCUAUUUUGUUGUCAUAUCCACAUCCAGGUAUUUUUGAAAGAAUGUAGUUUUUGUUGUAAUUCAUUCAAUGCAUAAAUCACCAUGUGAACUUGCAAUUAAAGGAAGAAAAACUAAUGUUAUUUGUGUG